UCAUCCUAAAGUGCCAACAAAUUGAACGUGAUUAGUCUGAAGCCGGUGCCGCCGCCCAUGUGGUUGGUAACUUGGUGUGAAUCCGUAUGCAAAUUCAUGCAAAAAAAUAUUUCAAUCUCUCGAGCUGACUGGUUCGACUCCACACAGAGCGAGCCACCAUUGGAUUUGGAAAGAACCGUCCGAUCCAAGAACAAACAGUCCGUGGAAGCAUGAGGAAGCACCCCCUCGGUCCAGGUCGGACCCCCCCUUCUUCUUGCAGAGAGAUCUGGACCUCAUAAUUUUGUCUGGUCGAUGUUCGUGCACUCCAAAGCAAGAAUAAAGAAAAAGAAAGAGAGAGAUAGAGAGAGGGAGAAAUAAGAAAAAAGGAGAAAACAAAUGGGAAAGGAAUGACGUGUGUUGUUCCAGGACAGCUUUCGAGUUACUCGUUCUUUUCAUCCUCUCAAACUCCAUUUGAAUCUUUUAACUGCUCCUGUCGAAUUUCCAGUCUUUUCCUUGCAUACCCACUAGCAGAUCCUCAAGAUUCUGUUAGUGGGUAUCUCUCGUUUUCUCCGGAAACUUCACGCAUUUUUUUUGCGUUUUGCUGCUGCAAGAGAACCCAAAGAACCGAAAGUCUUGAUUUUUUGUUUUGUUGACGUUGGCAUGGCUUUGUCUGCGGUGGGUUCGUCGGUGGUUGAGUCCCACACGUCGCCAUGCCUCUGCUUGGUGGAUUCAAAUUCGAUGGCGAGGAAGCAGUUUUCUCGGGUGAGUUCGCUGGGGAGCUCGUUUCUUGAUUCGUGGCAUGAUUGGCGAGUCGAGGCCAAAGCACUCUCGACAAGUGCUCUGACACGGAGUUCGAGGAAGCGACAGCACAAGGAAGGAGGAGGGCUUGUCGUCGUCAGCGAGCUGGGUGGUCAGUACGAAGACACUUUCGAGGAUGUUAAAACCCAAAUGCUCAACUAUUUCACAUAUAAAGCUGUGAGGACGGUUCUUAACCAGCUCUACGAGAUGAACCCGACACAGUAUAGGUGGUUCUACAAUUUCGUCGCGGAAAACAAGCCUGGAGAUGGAAAGCGUUUCAUACGAAACCUCGGGAAGGAGAGACGCGACCUUGCCGAAAGAGUGAUGGUAACUCGUCUUCACCUAUAUGGAAAAUGGAUCAAGAAAUGUGACCAUGCCAAAAUAUACCAAGAAAUCUCCGACGAGAACUUGGAGUUGAUGCGCGAACGGCUCAUUGAGACCGUGAUAUGGCCUGCAGAUGAUACCAAUACCGAGAAGAUUUGAUGAUCGGUUGCUCUGUUCGGAUCUAAAUCCGCGACUGUUUGAUCCCUGUUUCAUCGCUACCUUUCCCGGUUCAGGUUUCUCCAUGCCUCAAGACAAACGCGAUUUCGUUCUCCAUCUAUUUAUAUCCAAUUUGUUGCCUGCAAAGUUGUAUAUAUUGGAACCAGCAACAAUUUAGCUUAGUGAAGGAAUGUGGCUUCUCUAUUCCUUUUGCCGAUAUAAUCCAAUUUUUCUUUCCUGCGUUCA